UAACUCAAUGGCACUGGUGUCAGUACAUUCAAUGACACUGGUGUCAGUACACUCAAUGGCACUGGUGUCAGUACACUCAAUGGCACUGGUGUCAGUACAUUCAAUGACACUGGUGUCAGUACAUUCAAUGACACUGGUGUCAGUACACUCAAUGGCACUGGUGUCAGUACAUUCAAUGGCACUGGUGUCAGUACACUCAAUGGCACUGGUGUCAGUACACUCAAUGGCACUUGUGUCAGUACACUCAAUGGCACUGGUUACAGUACACUCAAUGGUACUGGUGUCAGUACACUCAAUGGCACUGGUGUCAGUACACUCAAUGUCACUGGUGUCAGUCCACUCAAUGACACUGGUGUCAGUACAUUCAAUUACACUGGUGUCAGUACACUCAAUGGCACUGGUGUCAGUACACUCAAUGGCACUGGUGUCAGUACAUUCAAUGACACUGGUUACAGUACACUCAAUGGUACUGGUGUCAGUACAUUCAAUGGCACUGGUGUCAGUAUACUCAAUGACACUGGUGUUAGUACAUUCAAUGACACUGGUGUCAGUACAUUCAAUGACAUUGGUGUCAGUACAUUCAGUGACACUGGUGUCAGCACACUCAAUGGCACUGGU